UCCGCGCGUCACGCGGACAUUCUCAUGCGUAGAACCCGGACUGAAAAGCAACUGAAAUAAACUACCUUUACUUGACCUUUUCUCGAUAUUGAUGCGUUUCAAUUCUGAAAAGAGAACGGGAAAGGGAGUUGAUUUUUCAUUUUUUUGCUUGUAAAUAACUGCAAAGAUACAGCUCAGCGAGCGCAGCGCAGCAUGUUCAUCUCUGGAGGCUUUUGGUGGAAACGGGUGACUACGUUGCUUCCCCUUAGUCUGCUGCAGAUGGUGUGGGAGACGACGGAGGCCAUUCACCCAGAUUGUGCCCUCGUGGUUCAACACAUGAAGGCUCAGGAAGAAUGCAGCCAGAUCAUCAAACAGCAAGAAAACAAGCUCUCCACUGGGACAGGGUGCCCAACAGUGUGGGAUGAGAUUCGCUGCUGGUAUCGUGCUGAGGUGGGACAGGUGGUCGGUGUAUCAUGUGCCAAUAUCUCCCAGCUGUUUAAUAACAAAGGUUACAUCUACAGGAACUGCACAGAAAGCGGAUGGUCUGCGCUGUACCCAAACUAUACAGAAGCCUGUGAUUUUGCAGAUGACAGUGAAGCAGAAUCAGAGACAACCUACUUCUCCAACUUCAAACAGGUGUAUACAGCUGGCUAUGCUACCUCCCUCAUCUCUCUUAUAUCUGCCAUUUUUGUCUUUAUAGUAUUCAGGAAGUUUCACUGCACCAGGAACUACAUCCAUAUGAACCUCUUCUUCUCUUUCAUCUUGAGAGCGAGCGCCGUCUUCAUUAAAGAUGAAAUUCUCUUCUCCGACGAAGACCUGGACCACUGUUUCAUGUCAAGUACAUCCUGUAAAUCAGCAGUGGCCUUCUUUCAGUUUAGUAUCCUAGCCAACUACUUCUGGCUCUUGGUGGAGGGCAUGUACUUGCAGACCCUGCUGGCUCUCACAUUUGUCUUCCAGAAAAAGUACUUCUGGUGGUACAUUCUAAUUGGCUGGGGUCUCCCAACAACAAUCAUAACUGUAUGGGUCUUGACUCGGAACUUCUAUGACAACAGAGGCUGCUGGGAUGACACAGAUGUGGCCUUUAUCUGGUGGAUCAUAAAAGCUCCAAUAACCGCAUCAUUACUGGUAAACUUCCUCAUCUUCAUCAAUGUGAUCCGUAUUCUGGUGCAGAAACUGCGAUCCCCCGGUGUCGGCGGCAGCGAUACCAGUCACUUCAAGAGACUGGCCAAAUCCACUCUGCUGCUCAUUCCGCUGUUUGGGAUGCACUAUAUGGUUUUUGCUUUCCUACCAGAAAACACAGGAGCAGAGGCUCGUCUUUUCAUAGAGCUUGGUUUGGGAUCCUUUCAGGGAUUUGUUGUUGCCCUACUCUACUGUUUCUUAAAUGGUGAGGUGCAGGCAGAACUGAAGAAGAGAUUUUGGAAGUGGCAGACUCAGAGUUACCUGCGUUAUAGUAAACGACGUCGAACCUUGUUCACUGAAGGCAGCACGGUGACUCAGAUAUCUGUCCUUGACAAAUCCAGCCCCAAAGGUCUGCCAGGCUCUGGGACAAAUGCCCUCUCAAGUAUUGUGACACCCUGCAACAUCUCCACAGUUUGAGAAACAUCUGUAGACCUAUUUCUAUUAUCACUGAAGUUACAUGCCGAAUAAGAUCCCGAUCAAGUGACUAAAUCACGGAGCUUGUUUGAAUGCAUCUUUCCAUUUUGUACAGUGGGAAUCGACUGCAAAAUUCCAUCAAGUUUGGAAAGUAUACAGACAUAAGUGCAGGGUAGUCAUGAUGAACAUCUGAUCAUAUCUCCAUUGUCUUGUGUUGAUUAUUCAUCCUCAAAUACAAUAAAUAUUGUG